UCCUAGAAAGGAUUGUUCGACCCUGUUAUAAAGAGUUCAGAAUCAGACUAAAUUUUUGAGUUUAACUCUGAGCGUUGAACAAACAACAAGCAUGUCUCUAUCUGGAUCUUUCAAGUUUUACAGCUGUGACAAUCUUAAAGGAGAGUUUCAAGCCUUCUUCAACAAUGCACUCUCUGAAGAUGAUCUUGCUGCCCUGAUGUCUACUGACAACUGUAUCAGCGUAAUUAUGUCUGAAACUGAUAAUGGAUACAGAGCAUGUGUUAAGUUCAGCAAGAAACCAGAACUUGAUUACUCUCUGGAGGAGGAGUUUGGGAAGGAAACUGUUUUACCUGCAGAACUUGGAGGUGGAAAAAGCAUUACUACUAAGACUGGAAAUGUGUUUGUAAGUAAGAUAACUUACCCAGAUGUAGUGUACACCCAUGAGUCAACUUUGUCAAGCUUUGGUAUGUCUAACAAGAUUACAUCUUCCCGAGAUGGAUACAUUUCCACCAGUGUUUGGGAGAGAGUUAAGGUCUCUUUCUGUGGGUUCUUUGUUAUGGAAAGCCAUGUAGAUGCUGACAAGUUUAUGGUUGCUGAUGCUAAGAUUAGCAAAGCUGAGGCAGAAACCAUGAUGUCUUAUGCAGCAUUGAAAGUAACUGAGAAGAACGGAAUGUACGAAAUGAUCGAUUAUCUAGGAAAUGGAAAAGAACAGAAAGUCAGCUUUCAGCUCGGUGUUGAGUUUCAAGAUGAUUACAUGGGAUUCCCUGCCACCCAUCUUUUCACAAGCAACUCCCCUGCAGAGUUGAUCUGUACUAGCAAGGAAAAGAAUGGCAAUAUGUCUGUUUGGAAAGGGUCUGCCACCUCUGAACAAUUUGUCUGGAGUGUGGAGAGCGCUUCCCAUGGAGUAAAGUGUAGUAUUACAUACAAGCGAUGUGGAGAUGUAGAAGGAACCUGGAAGCUUGUGACACAUUCAAAUUAUGACAAUUUCCUGCGUGGUUGCGGUCUUGACGAAUCCAUGGUCCAGGGUCUUGUUGACGAGCGUAGUUCUUUCAGCUUUCAUCAUGUUGGUAAAGGGGUCUAUUUGGAUUCUACAACUUCCAAAGUUUUUCCAAUGGAGCCGAAGCACACCAAGCCCGGGGAGGAGAGUUCAUUUCAAGUGGGAGGAAUGAAUAUGUGUGAGUUGUACAAUUUUACCAGGGAUGGAAUGAUUGGUACGGUUAAAAUUGGAUCCAACAUCAUGACCUACAAGUGGGUGGCAGGGAGGGAACUGGGUCAUGUUGAACAAGAAGUUGUAGGAAAGCCCUUUACUAAAUGUACAAUGAUUUAUGCCAGAGCAUAAAUCCUUCCUGUGUACUGUAUCAGUACAUUAUAUAUAUCCACAUAAAGGGAAUAUGCUUGUAAUCAAUUUAUAAAGCCAUUAAUGUUUACUAAACAAACAAAAAUUUAAUUUGCAUUCAUUUUGAAGAAUUUUUAAUAAUAUGCAUGUAUGUAUAUUUUCACAUACUUAUAUCUAAGUCACUAAAUAAAGAGUUAUCUUUUGGUUU